GAGAGAAAGAAAAAAACAAAAAAGAGAGAGAGAAGAGAUAAAGGACAGAGAGCGGUGCUCUGGUUCCCAGGUUCCUAUCCCACCAAACAGACUGGCCAGGGGGCUGCCCUCUGGACACCAGGGUCCCAACUGAGACUUACCCGAGGACAAGCUGGGGCGCCCCGCCCCCCGGGCGCCCGACGUGGACGCGGCCGCCGCCGCUGCUGCCGCCGCCGCGCGGGAGUCGCUGUCCGCGGAACCGACAUGCAGGCGGCGCGGGGCGGCGCGGGGCGGCCGGGCCGGGCGGGCCGCGGGCCGGAUUGCGGGCGCCAGCGGCCGCCGGGCGCCAGAGCCGCGUCCCCCUGCGCCGCCCCGCGCCGGCCGGCCGGAGCCGCCGCCAUGCACCCCGGGCCGCCCCGCGCCGCGCUCCGCCUGUGGCUGGGCUGCGUCUGCCUCGCGCUGGUGCAGGCGGACAGCCCCUCCGCCCCAGUGAAUGUCACUGUCAGGCACCUCAAGGCCAACUCCGCGGUGGUGAGCUGGGAUGUCCUGGAGGAUGAGGUUGUCAUCGGAUUUGCCAUCUCUCAGCAGAAGAAGGACGUGCGGAUGCUGCGCUUCAUCCAGGAGGUGAACACCACCACCCGCUCCUGCGCCCUCUGGGACCUGGAGGAGGACACGGAAUACAUCGUGCACGUGCAAGCCAUCUCCAUCCAGGGCCAGAGUCCGGCUAGCGAGCCAGUGCUCUUCAAGACGCCGCGGGAGGCUGAGAAGAUGGCCUCCAAGAACAAAGAUGAGGUGACCAUGAAGGAGAUGGGGCGCAACCAGCAGCUGCAGACAGGCGAGGUGCUGAUCAUCGUCGUGGUCCUGUUCAUGUGGGCCGGCGUCAUUGUCCUCUUCUGCCGCCAGUAUGACAUUAUCAAGGACAAUGAGCCCAAUAACAACAAGGAAAAAACCAAGAGUGCGUCAGAAACCAGCACACCAGAGCACCAAGGCGGGGGGCUUCUCCGCAGCAAGUCUGGUGAAGGAGACUGAACUACAAACCCAAAUUCUGCAAAAAAAUAAACAAGCCACAAAACUUGAGGCCUGGCCCCAUUCUGGAAAAGGCAAAGCUGCAUGAGACACGGCCUUCUUUCUGCCUCCUCGCGUCUCCUGGACGGCCUUCCUCUCUGAGAAGAUGCACAAAGCUGCUGGGAGAUGACAAGCACCGAGACUGACUUAAGCCCUUUCAGACCAAGAACCGUCAGGGAAGCCAUGGGCCUGCCUGCCGGGCAGGGGCGUGGCUGCCGUGGAGCCUUUUCUGGAUUCAGCCAUUAAGGACUUGUUUGUGGUGCGAUGCACAACUUUGUGUGUGUGUGUGAGAUUUAUCUGUUUUGUCUCUUGGAAAACACAACUGAAGGGCUUCAUUCCAGAGGGCCAUAGAGAUUCCCCGAGCUGGUUGCCUGCAUCUUCUGUCUUCUUUGGCCCUUAUUUUGACUGUAAGACUAUCCGUCUGGGGUUUUAAGAAGAAAGUGCAGGAAAGAUACCUGGAAGGUAUUGGCCCCAUUUCAUUAGGAAAGCCUCUUGGAGUUGUAACAGUGCUGACUUGGACAACUGAAAGGCACGUUCCCGUGGGACAUCCUGAAGGCUGCUAAAUCACCACGCUGUGGUGGAAGCUGCCAGAAGGCAGGCAUGAGCCAUUCAGUCAGAGCAGUCGUGGCCUCUGGGGUCUCCAUAUCUUGCCAUCUCAUCCAGGAUUCUGUGAAAGCUACCCAGGGUCCUCAUGUCCUUCCCUAGAGCCUGUGUGGUGUGAGGUGACAGGUCUUUCUCCACUGCCCCUUUCUGGUAAAAAACAAAACAAAAAACAAAAAAAAACUGGUGCUUGAUAAGGGAAGGCAGACCCUUCCCUAGGACUGACAAGCUGUGGCAGCUGAAUGCCUGCACAGAAGAGAAGGACCUCUGUGUCUUCCAGUGGUGGCUAUGGACAGGCGUCUGGGAGCACUGCGCCUAGCACAAGCCUGGCACACAGUAGGUGCUCAUUGAAUACCUGUUGAACUGAAUAAGCAAUAGCCCCCAAGCCAGAGAGCUGAAAGCCAUCACCCAGUGACCACCCUUCCUUCCGGUCUACAAGAGCUCUCAGGGCUGGGUCGGCCACCACUUCUGAGUGUGGAACACAGGGAGGGAGGAGAGACAGGGUAAAGGCAGAUGUCAGCAACACUAAGGGCUUCCUCAUGGGAGGGCAUGAGGCUUCACUCAUUGUCUUGUGACUUCCAUCCCUGCUGAAUGGGGCUGCAAGGCCAAGGCUCCUUAGGGGAGAGAGGUCCUUACCUCUGAUCCAGUUAGAGCAAUAACCACUUUUUAAAUGUAAAAUAAAAAGACAAAUGAAAAGGCA